AUGUCUCCCUCCUCUAGUCAAAGUACUAGCGAUGCAUCAAUCGGCUCUAAUGAGUCCUGUCGGUUUGAGACGGUCCAGAUUAGCGACACGGAAGAGCCUGGAUUGUAUCGAAAAGGUGGCUUCCACCCAGUUCAUAUCGGCGAUCACGUUGAUAGCGGUCGGUACCGGGUUGUCCAUAAGCUUGGCCAUGGCGGUUUCUCCGUCGUAUGGCUAGCUUACGACUCCUUGGAGUCUAUCUGGGUGGCCAUCAAGAUUGUGGCAGCUUCAGACUCCUCUAUGAUGGAAGUUAAAGCAGUCAUGUACCAUAAAAUCAUUUCCAGCAUGAAUGACGAGAGAUUCAUUACCUAUAAGCGCUUCUUUCACAUCGAAGGGCCCAAUGGCCGCCAUCUAUGUCUAGUCCUACCACCUUGUGGUCCUUCUUGCAACACCAUGUCCCAAUACCUACAGAGCAGGAUUCAUCCCUGGCUGGCGCGUCGCGUGUCUUCCCAAGCUACAAAAGCUAUCGCAGGAUCUUCAUUCUCAAGGUCUUUGUCACGGAGCAAUAUCGUCUUUCGCAUCCGCAAUCUUGAUCAUCUUGAUGAUCAAGGGAUAUACCGGCUUUUUGGUGAGCCUCAACGAGAUGGAUUGAGAACGAUAUCUGGUGAACCUACUGGUGCAGAGGCGCCUCGGUAUAUUGUUGGCAACCUCGACUUCGCCUCAGCAGAAGACCUCAUACUUGAUGACAUCUGCUUAAUCGAUUGUGAUCAAGCAUUUUUGACCACUGCUCCCCCGAGGAACACACUUGGGACACCUCCAGGCUUUCUGGCGCCUGAGGUAGCAGUUGGAAACCUGGCCAGCACUGUAAGUGAUGUGUGGGCUUUGGGCUGUUCUAUCCUACAGAUCAGGUCAGGCUCAUCUCCUUUCUCAAUUCCCAACGUCGAUAGUCCAGCAAACCUGCUUGGAUGGGUCAGCGAGUACCUUGGCCGUAUACCGGCAUCAUGGGGAGAGCCGCUAUUCGACGAUGAUGGCCUCCCAACGAUGGACACAAUCAAUGGCGAGCCCCUGGGCGAAAUGCUCGAAAACACAAGAUCGUUGAAGCAGUGGAUCGGCGAGAUCUGGGAUCAACCAGAGAAUCUCGAGGAGCUUCAGUCAUCAUCAACUGCGCCACAAAGAGUGAGGGAUGAGAACAAGCCAUAUCUGGAAUGUUACAGCAACAAAUUUUGGAAACCUGCCGCGAUCAGAAUCGACAAUGUCUACCUUGGAGCAUACUCUGACAAAGUUGAUAAGAUCAUUGAGUCACUGCCGAAAAUACCUACGCACGAGGCUGACUUGUUAUAUGAUUUGAUAAGCAAAAUUUUUGUUUACGAGCCUGCGCAGCGAGUGUCUGCAAAAGAUAUCUUGGCUCAUCCAUGGUUUCAUUUGGAUGACAGGAUAUGA